CCUCUCCCCACCCAUGUCAAUGCUCCGAGUGUCCCAAGCGAGCGAGCACCGUCGUUCAUCCUGUGACGAACUGCUAGCGACAGAUGGUCAACCAGACCUCCUCGAGUUCACCUCUGACGACGACUCCGAAAUGACCUCGGCAACGAUUAACCGAACGUCGCUCCACCAGCGGGAAGAGACUCCCGUUCCUGCCCGACCCAGUCUUUUGCGCGUCAGGCGAAGGGAAUUUAGGGCCUCCCUCGUGCGCGUCAUUGCGCUAUUCUGCGCCUGCUGGUUUAGUGUCGGCAGUCACUACACGACUUACGUUCUCGGCCCGCUGAAAUCCCGAAUAUCAAGAGAUCUGGGCACUGCACUGCUGCUGCUUGGGGAUCUCGCGAACAAUGUCAAACUUAUGACCGCCGGAAUCUUCAUCUUCGGACUCGGCGUUAAGCCACUUGCCGUUGUGCAAGAGACCAUCAUUGCCCGGUUCUUCAAGUCUCAUGGGCUGGGCGUAUCGAUGGCUUUCGGACUUGUAGCCGGGAAAAGCGCGUCUUUCAUCUCGGCACGCACCUCCUAUCCUCUUGUCGAGAGAUUCGGGCCGCAUGCACCGUUCUAUGUGGCCACGUUCCUGACAGCAGUGUCAGUCUGCGUGAAUCUGAUCUACAUUGCAUCUUCUCGAUGGCUGAUUGACGAGGGCGGUGCCGAACUCGAAGCUGCCGACAUCAACGAAGAGGCUCGCAGGCGUGCUGCCACAAAUAUUACCGAAGCCCAAGCCCUCGAGAAAGUCGCUGCAAAGCGACGGGUCCAUCUUCAGGACAUGUUCAAGCUGAACGAUGUCUUUUGGGCCUAUAUCGCAGUAAAUAUCUUUACAGGCAUGAUAUGGAGUCCUUUCACCCAUUUAUCUGCCAAUAUCAUAGAAGUACGCUACAAAAUGUCAGAAAAGGAUGCAGCAAACACAGCUUCCUAUGUGCUCGUCGGGAGCGUCUUCUUGUAUCCGAUCUGUGGUUUUGUUGUCGACCGCUUCAAGCGUAAACCAAUCGUCAUCAUGCUCCUCCUGCUUUCUUCCUUCAUGACAUUAUGUGCUUAUACGUGGUUGGUUCUUCCGCCCGGGUUGACCAAGACUGCAAAGCCAGCAAUUGCUGCCUUUGGCUUUGGUCACGGCUUUGCUCCACUUCUUCUGGUGCUCAUUGUCCCCAAAAUUGUCCCAGCAAAGUUCAUCUCCACUGCAUUGGGGGCGCAUAAGAGUCUCGAGCAAAGCGGAGCCACAAUCUUGCAGACCCUGGCUGGAUUCAUCAUGGACAAGGACAAGCGAGACCGCCCCGAUGGCUCUUCUACCCAGGGCAUUCUCAAUGUGUUCUGGUCCUUGAACGUCUUCCAGUUGCUGAGCAUCAUGGGGGUCGCCUGGCUACAAUACCAAAGACGCGCUCGGCCCGCGAGAACAACACGAAAUGAAACGACGCCAUCGAACGACCCGACUCAACCCCUUUUGCAAGCUGCAGCUUCGCCUCGACGUUACUCUACAAGCAGUUCUAGAUCCGGUGUCCUUCCGUUCGAGGAAGGAUCGCUUUCUAGUGGAGAACAGAAGAGAGGCAAAGUCUUCGCUGUGUCUUCUGCGGGCUUCAUAUUCUGUGCCUGGGCCCUCUUUUUGUCGGCAGCAUGGAUCAAGCUAGGCGCGAAAAAGGUGUCGAUUCCACAACUUUUCCUCAAGAUCGUCAAGACUAGGAUGGGAGCAUACAAAUACAUCGGUGAACUUUACAAGAAGAAGCAGUCGGAUGUCCUCCGUUUCCUGCUCCGUGUGCGGUGCUGGGAAUACCGCCAGCUGAACGUCAUCCACCGUGCUUCCCGUCCCUCUCGCCCCGACAAGGCCCGUCGCCUCGGCUACAAGGCCAAGCAGGGCUACGUCGUCUACCGCAUCCGUGUCCGCCGCGGUAACCGCAAAAAGCCUGUCCCCAAGGGUGCUACCUACGGCAAGCCCGUGCGCCAGGGUGUCAACCACCUGAAGUACCAGCGUGGUCUCCGCAGCACCGCCGAGGAGCGUGUCGGCCGCCGCUGUGGCAACUUGCGGGUCCUGAACUCAUACUGGGUGAACCAGGAUGGUGUGUACAAGUACUACGAGGUCAUUCUUGUCGACCCCCAGCACAAGGCGAUCCGCAAGGACGCCCGCAUCAACUGGAUCGCCAACCCCGUGCACAAGCACCGCGAGUCCCGUGGCCUUACCUCCAUCGGCAAGCAACCCGCAUAUGCUUUCCCAGACACGAGAUCUUACUCUGGCUGGGGAUGGGGCAAUCUCUGGGCGAGAUCGAGCUCUCACGAGCUAGCGACGGCGUCAAAUGGGAGCACCUUCAUCUGGCUCCCGAAAGACGACUACUCUGGCAAGACCUUCUUUGACGGGUUCUCGUUCUACACCGAUUCUGAUCCGACACACGGCACGGUGAAUUAUGUCAAUUCAUCGUAUGCAUUCAACAACAGUCUGGUGUAUGUCGCCGACAACGGCACGGUUUUCAUGAAGGGCGAUGAUACGACUUGGCUGCCCGAAGGCCAAAAUCGUUCGAGCGUCCGGAUAUCGAGUAUAGCCCAAUACAACACGGGUCUGUUCAUCCUCGAUCUGAAUCGAGCGCCGUGGGGAUGUGGCGUUUGGCCCGCUUUCUUGGGUGGAGGGCAAUGGCCGUAUACGGGGGAGAUAGAUGUUAUCGAAGGAGUGCACGAUAACGAACACAAUCAGGUCACUUGGCACACUGGACCGAACUGCACCCUGGCCGUCGAAACCAACUACACAGGAAGCAAUGUUUUGGCUGCGAAUGGAUCCCCUAUUACAGAUUGCGAUGGAACGUUACCUGGGAACGCUGGUUGCGGCAUCAUCGAAUGGAGUAAAGCAUCUUACGGCCCAUACUUCGAGGCCCAAGGCGGUGGGAUCUUCGCGAUGAAGUGGGAUGAAGAGGGGAUUGCUGUCUAUUCCUUCUACCGCUCGGCCAUUCCUGGAGAUAUCCUGGCUGGUAGCCCCAAUCCUGCCAAUUGGGGACCUCCAGUCGCAGCCUUGGCUCCGGCCAGUUGCGAUCCGAUCACCAAUUUUGUAAACCACUCGAUCAUUUUCGACAUCACUUUCUGCGGUGAUUGGGCGGGAAACUCGUAUGCCACUUCCGGCUGUCCUGGCUCGUGUACGACACGUCUUAUGGAUCCGACCAACUUUGUGAACGCAUCCUGGAGCAUCAACUCGCUGAAAGUGUACAGCAAAGCGGCCAUCAACGGCGGCUUUCUGCGGCAACUGCAGCUCCCAUCGGAUUAUCUUCCUCGCACCUAUUUCUACUCGUCUUCGGCUUGAUGCUGGCGAUAUGGGUAUAAACAGACAAUGAAUGUUGGUUACAAUGUGCUAUCCGGUAGUAGUACGUGUUAGUCCAGAUUGAUGCAAGUUCCAG